AUCUCCCCUGUUUCCUUUCUUUCUUGUUGUCGUUAAUAAAUAAAUAAAUAUAUAUUAUGAAUUAUACCCAUUACUCUUCUCUAUUAAAACUUUAUAAUGUUCCUGACUUUUGGACUGAUGAAAUGUUAGCUUUAUGGGUACCUAUUGCUAUUUAUUGGAUACAAUGUUCUUUUUUUGAAAUUUUGAUGCGACUUCAACUUCCUUUCUUUGAAAAAUACCGAAUUCAUUCUUCUAUUGACCGAUCGAAUAGGAACAAGGUUUCUUUCGGUAAUGUUUUAUAUAUGGUGGCUGUACAACAUAUCAUUCAGUUUAUCUUUGGUUAUUUCCUUUUAAAGGUGGAGGAUCCAGCAACAAGAAGUCUCAAAUCUGAAUUGGCUAUACAAAGAACAACUCAAUGGAUUUUAUCUUAUAUCGGAAAUUAUCAAUUAAAUGAUUUGGUUCAACUAGUUGCUUGGAUGCUUCAUAUAUGGGUGAUUCCUAUUAUUCAAUUUCUUCUUGCUAUGUUUAUGAUUGAUACUCAUCAAUAUAUUUUACAUCGUUUGGGUCAUACAUCCAAAUUUUUAUAUAAACAUUUUCAUUCUUAUCAUCAUCGACUUUAUGUUCCUUAUGCAUUUGGAGCUUUGUACAACCAUCCUGUAGAAGGUUUUUGUUUGGAUACUCUUGGUGCUGGACUUGCUUAUGAACUUACUGGAAUGUCACCUCGACUUGGAUUGAUUCUUUUUACUUUCUCAAAUUUGAAAACAAUUAAUGAUCAUUGUGGUUAUAACUUUCCUUGGGAUCCUUUGAAUAUAUUAUUUAAAAAUAAUGGAAAAUAUCAUGAUAUUCAUCAUCAACCUUAUGGUAUCAAGAAGAAUUUUAGUCAACCAUUUUUUACAUUCUGGGAUAGAAAACUUGGAACUGAAUUUGAUUCAAAUGAUAUGAAUAAACGAAGGAACAAUUGAUUUAUUUUUAUUGUAUUAUUCUUUAGAUUAUAAAUAUUAGAUUAUUUUUAUGUAUUACUUUUGUAUCAAUAAUAAUAUUAAUAAUAAAAAAGCAUUUUCUUUUUUG